CCAGUAUGACGAGAUGGGUGGGAAUAAAACCAGUUAGCAUGAUCUGUUUAUUGUCAGAUUCAUUUCAAAUUACGCCUCUCAUUUACAGACACCACUGCUGCAAGUCAUUUCUUUCUCCUCUCAAACACAAGCAGAAUGUCUGUGAACAGCAGCUCUGUGGCUGAAGACCAGUCCAAAGCAAACACCAGUAACUGUUCAUCCGUAUCUGAUGAGUGGGUCUACAGCUUUGUCCCGGUGUACAUCCUGUCCAUCUCUGUGCUGGGAAUGGCGUUGAACAUCUUUGUUCUGAUGGUUUUCAUCCUCCAUAAGAAGUCCUGCUCCGUAGCUGAGAUCUACAUGGGAAACCUGGCUGCUGCUGACUUGCUUCUGACCUCCUUCUUGCCUUUCUGGGCUGUUAAUGCUUGGAAUCAGUUCGAGUGGAAGUUUGGUCUCGCUAUGUGCAAAAUCGUCAAUGUGGCGAUUCCGAUGAACGUCUACUGCAGCAUCUACUUCCUGAUUCUGGUCAGCAUCGAUCGGUACCUGGCUCUGGUCCACCCGCUGUCUCAUCAAAAACUGCGUCGGCCAAAAUGUGCUAAAAUUUCUUGCGUCCUGGUUUGGAUUCUGGGUUUCGUUCUCAGUCUUCCGAAGCUCAUCAACCGGACUCUGGAUAAGAUCAGUUGUGAGGAAAAACAUGAUCUCAUAUCUCUCAUAAGCGACAUCAUGUUUUUGGUGUUUGGGUUUUUUAUUCCCAUUUCAAUUAUCCUGUUCUGCACCAUCAAGAUUCUCCAAACUCUAGGAAACAGAUUUAUGGAAGAGGAAAAAACAAAGAGGAAGGAUAGGAAGGCCACCACUUUGGUCCUGGCUGUCUUGUUUGCAUUCCUGAUCUGCUGGGUUCCAUAUUAUCUGCUCAAGAUACCAUCCCUGCUCAAUGAUUUUGGUUACCUGCAGGACUGUAACUCUAGAAUUAUCAUGUUCUACUGUGGACAGAUCUUCAUGUACCUAGGCAUCUUCAAUAGCAUUCUUAACCCGAUUCUCUACGUCAUUGUAGGGAAAAACUUUAGAGAGAAAGUUAGGGAGCUCUUCACGCAGUGGAACCACCAGAGAAGUUCCACCAUCGGCCUAACAUCUGCAAGUACAAAGUUUUUAAGAAGUGUUAAACCCAAACAUACCAACUUGUAUGUGUGUCAAAAGCAACUCGGUUAAAAUAAAGACGAGUCAUUGGAUGAUCCAGAGGUUCAUCCUUUGACACGUUUUCAUAUCCUGGCUCCAGUUUUAUAUCUUUCUUUAUCAGCUGCUGAACAGUUGAUCAGUGAGACGAUUGCUCAACAGUUCUAGAAGAAUCCUCCAGAAAUCAGGGGAAGAACAUCAUCUGGUUCCUCUAAUUCAUCACAAACAGAAGCUAAUAUUGAAGAGGCUGGGGAAUUUUUAUUCUCCAUUAUCACAGGAAAAAAGAGGAUUUUCUUUAGGAAUCAGGAUUAGAGUCCAGUCAGAAUAACGGGUGCGGUUCUGAUCCAGUCCAGUGCAGAUCUUUGUUUUUUCACCUCCUGUUUAUUUGUUGCUUCAUUUUUGUAUAAUGUGGUUUGAUUCAGAAAAAGCCUUUUUUUCGUAACUCACUCAGUGUUUAUUGCUUCCAGAAUAAUCCAGUUAUAACGCUGCUAAAUAAUUAAACACGAUUAGUACAUGUUUUAUUUUCCCUGAAAUAAUGGAUU